AGAACAGAGGAGGAGGAGAGAAAUGUGAGACAGAACUAUCAGGAAAAGGUUAAGAAGGACUUUCCAGUAAAGAGGGUAGACUCAAAAAGAGGAGUUUUGUGCUGCUGUCUUCUGUGAAGUUCCUGGAGUGAAACACGUGAGAGGUGAAGGUUUAAGAAUCAGAUGUGGAGGCAGAGUGUGAGAAUGUCACAGAGGUCUCUUUUCCUCUUUCUGGGAAUCACUGCAGCCACUGUUCUUAUAGCUCAAGGCUCAUGGAAAAGAGACCACAAAGAGUAUGAACCUGCUGUCUACCACUCUGAAGAAAACUAUGAGUGGACCACAUGGUUCAAUGUUGAUCACCCGGGAGGCCGUGGAGACUACGAGCAGCUGGAUGCCAUUCGCUUCUACUACCGUGCUCGAGUUUGUGACACUCCACGGGCAAUUGAAGCCAGAACCACAGAAUGGGUCCCGGCCCGUGAAACUGGGGAAACAGUUCACGCAGACCCAACUGUGGGUUUCUGGUGCCUCAAUGAGGAGCAAGGUCCUGAACGCAACUGCUCCAACUACGCAGUCCGUUUCCUCUGUCCCAAAGAUAGCAGUUUAAAUAUUUAUGGAACCUGGGGUCCAUGGUCAGACUGGAGCCCAUGCCCCGCUCUCUGUGGCCAAGUGGCCGUGCAACUUCGCUAUCGAAACUGCCAAUCUCAAUCCAUGCCUUGUAGUGGGCUUAAAAUUGAUGGGAAACCAUGCAAUGGACCCGAGUGCAUAAAGACAGAUUGUUCCUUGAAGUGUGUGAUGGGGAGAGUGAACGCUGACUGUGAUGCAUGCAUGUGCGAGGAGCACAUCCUCUUGGGUUCUGUACGCAGUGCUGGUGGUCUCAUUGCUGAAGGGGCUGCAAUCCUUCGCUUGGGCAAACUCCUGACCAUUACGGAUCACAAUGGACAUUUCCGUGUUCCUGGUAUCUGCCCCGAUGGCAACACAACCUUGACUGUCAGCCUACAAGGUCAUGCCAUCCUUAAUGUUGUUGUGCCCAGCAGCGCUGAACGCACCUCAGUUCUAAGUGUCCAGCUGAAAAGAGCUGAGAAACUUCAUGUGUUGAGUAACCCUGAGAGCAAGGCCAGAAGGGAGGGGCAAAGUGCUGCCUUCUGCUGCAAAGUGACAGGAAGCCCACAGCCAGAAAAGUACCAAUGGUUUCAUAACAACAGCCUCAUGGAGAUGCAGUCUGACAGCAUAUUAGUCCUGAAAGAUCUUCGCGCUGAGCAGGCUGGAGAAUACUACUGCAGAGCAAGUGGUCCAUCUGGAGCCAUUAAGACCAAACCAGCAACUUUAAGAAUCAUAGGCAGAGAUGAGCAUUCAUGCAACCCGAUGCCUGAAUCUCACCUCAUUCGACUUCCACAUGAUUGCUACCAAAACAGCACAGACUCAUUCUACUUUGAUGUGGGAAAGUGUCCUUCAAGUGCAUGUGCUGGACAGCUGGACAAUGGCAUCAGGUGCAAAGACAAAGUGGCAUACUGCUGUGGUGUGGCAGAGAUGGAGGAAAGGCAGCUAACAUGCCAGGGCUAUCAACUGCCCACCAUGGUGGUGACCAAGUGUGGCUGUCAGAAAUGUGUGAACACCAAGGCCAUUGUGCAUGGUAGGGCUAUUGCUGCAGAUAAUGGUGAGCCAAUGAGGUUUGGUCACAUCUUCAUGAAUGGAAAAAGAAUUAGUCGCACAGGCUACAAAGGUACCUUCUCCAUCCAAAUCCCUCCAGACACUGAAAGGUUGGUGUUGACUUUUGUUGACAACAUGCAAAAAUUUGUUAACACGACAAAGGUGCUUCCAUUUAAUACCAAAGGGGGAGCUGUUUACCAUGAAAUCAAACUUCUACGAAAGAAAGCUCCUGUGACCAUCAGCCCCUCCGAAACCAACACUCUGGAGCUUGGGGAGGUAGAAAACCAGGAGGCAAUGGUCCAAAUUGAGAUUCCUCCUCAUUCAUUCUAUAAGGAGAAUGGAGAAGUUUUCACUGGGAAUGUCAAUGCAAGUGUGACAUUUCUCGACCCCAGAGAUGUCUCAACAGCUACUGCUGCUCAAAGUGAUCUCAAUUUUAUAGGAGAUGAAGGUGAUACCAUACCACUGAGAACCUAUGGGAUGUUUUCAGUUGAUUUCAGAGGCGAAGAAAACAAUGAGCCCCUGAAUGCAGGUGAGGUGAAGGUGUUCCUGGACUCUGCUCAGGUGAAGAUGGCAGAGCAUCUCAACAUCAUGAAGCUGUGGUCACUGAACCCUGAAACAGGCCUGUGGGAGGAGGAAGGUAGUCUGCAGGUGGAGAGAAAAAAAAGAGGCAAAAGGGAGGAAAGGACAUUUUUGAUUGGUAACAUGGAGAUCAGAGAAAGACGUCUGUUUAACCUGGAUGUCCCUGAGAACCGCAGAUGUUAUGUAAAAGUGAGGGCCUUCCGCAGUGAGCGCUUUAUGCCCAGUGAGCAGGUGGAGGGUGUGGUGGUGAGUCUUAUAAACAUGGAGCCAACGGCUGGCUACUCUACCAAUCCACGUGCCUGGGGUCGAUUUGAUAGUGUCGUCACUGGCCCAAGUGGAGCUUGUCUUCCAGCCUUCUGCGAUGAACAAAGACCUGAUGCCUAUUCUGCAUAUGUGAUGGCCAAUUUAGGAGGGGAGGAACUGGAGGCUGUCCCAUCUGCUCCCAAAUUCAACCCUAGCCUCAUUGGAGUGCCUCAGCCCUAUCUAAGAAAACUGAACUACAGGAGGACCGACCAUGAGGACCCCAGAGUGAAAAAAACAGCUUUCAGUAUCAAUGUAGCAAAGCCAAUUCCCAACACAGCUGAGGAAGCCAACGGACCGGUGUAUGCAUUUGAGAACUUGAAAGAAUGUGAAGAGGCCCCUUUCAGUGCAGCACACUUCCGUUUCUCAAGGGUGGAAGGAGACCGUUAUGAUUACAAUACUGUGCCUUUCAAUGAAGAUGACCCAAUGAGCUGGACAGAGGAUUACCUGAGUUGGUGGCCUAAACCCAUGGAAUACAGGGCAUGCUACAUCAAAAUCAAAAUCAACAGCCCACAUGAGAUUAAUGUGCGGUCCCGCAACAUGGGUGGCACCCAUCCCAAGACAGUAGGUCAGCUGUAUGGUCUCAGAGACACUCGCAGUAUCCGUGACAUGGACCACUCAAAUGUUUCAGCUGUGUGCUUGGAAUUCAAGUGCAGCGGGAUGCUGUAUGAUCAAGACCGUGUAGAUCGUACCCUAGUGAAAGUGAUACCACAAGGAAGCUGUAAGAGAGACUAUGUGAAUGCAAUCCUUCAGGAGUAUCUGGUCAACCACCUGCCUUUAGCCGUCAACAAUGACACCAAUGAGUUCACCAUGCUGGCCCCUCUCGAUCCUCUUGGUCACAAUUAUGGAAUCUAUACAGUGACAGACCAGGAUCCCCGCACAGCCAAAGAGAUUGCACUUGGACGCUGCUUUGAUGGUACCUCAGAUGGCACAUCUCGGGUCAUGAAGACCAACGAAGGCGUAGCACUGACGUUUACUUGUGGAGACCGUGAGGUGACACGCCAGAGCGUCUUCCAAGCCCUGCAGAGUUCUCAAAGUCAGACAGUUACAAGUGUUGUAAGAGGAGAGAGCAGAAAAACCAAACACCGGCAGAGGGCCAACUCACCCAGUAGCAGCCGUAAACGUAGCACCAGAAAUCCUGUAAGAAGUCAUGGACGGGGCAGAAGCUAAACAACAGCUAAGAUCGAGGCUCUACAUGGUGACCAACACCUACAAUUAGCUCUGGAAAUAAUUGGACACUGACAGUUUUUGCUUCAUAAACUCUUUACCAAAACUUAUUCAAGCUUCAGUUAUAUAGUUAAUAUGGACUUAAAGUGCAGACUCUAUGCUUUUAUAUGCGUGUAUAAACAUCCAAAAUGGAGUAAGGUCCCAGGGGUUAUGUUUUUUAAUUAUAAAUAACUUUUUUUUUUCAGGGACCCAUUUGAAAUUUGACAAAUUUGCAUAAAGGUAAAUAAAAUGUGCAUUUUUAAUAAAUUGUCAAGAAUACUUUACAGGCAAGGGCUGCUUGAAGAAAUCACUUACAAGCAUUGCCUUAAAUUUUCAUUGAACAUUUUUGCCCGAACCAAUUUUUAAUGGAUUGAGAUCAGUGAUUAACUUGGUUAUUGAUGACAGUCAGUUUAUCUCAUUGACCCAAAUAAUAACUAAAUAUCAGGAUAUCAUGAUACUCCUUACUAGUUAAUUUAUAUAUGAAUCAUAAAGCUGAACCUGCCAUACUGACUGAAUGACAAACUUCACUGUUUUAUUGAACAGUUCCAUCCAUUUCUCAAAGGCAUCCUAAUCAGGUGCCCGAGCCACCUCAUGUGGCUCCUCUUGAUGCAGAGCAGCAGCAGCUCUACUCUAAGCCCCUCCCGGACGACCAAGCUCUUCACCCACCCUCUAAGGGAGAGCUCGGCCAUCCUGUAGAGGAAUCUGAUUUUGGCCACUUAUUUACAAUCUUGUGCUUUGUGUCACCACCCACAGCUCGUGAUCAUAGGUGAGGACAGGAACACAGCUGUAAAAGUAAAACUUUAUCAGUGCCCAAAUAUAUCCUGAUCUAAAUUGUACCUAGAAGAUGAGAUAGGGUGGAGUUUUGUUGUAAUGCUUUUGCUCAAUGUUUUAUGCCUUUUUUCUUUUCUUUCUGAAUACUGUAUAAGCAAACUAUGUAAACUAUAAUAGCAAACUUUACAUUUUCAAAUUUAGUCUAGUAAACAUUUACUUGAAAUUGUAAAUAGAGUAUUUAUUUCACAGGGCUUACAGAGUUGAACUUUCGCUUUCAAGUUUAUUUCAUUGAUGAAAAAUAAGGACCAAAACAACUUUUCCUUCUGACCAGUGAUUUAUUAAAUUAGAUACUUAAAAAAACAGCUGUAUCUUCAACAUUUUAUGUAUCCAAUUGUCCAAGUAACAUUGAAACUGGUCAAUAGCUAGAAAAGAAAAGGAUAAAUAAGCCCCUUUCAACUGACUGUAGCCCAUAUGAAGACAUGGCGGCGUGAAGCCAUAAGCCCCCGCUCCUCAUCACACUUGAUACAAGCCUGCAGAAGCAACAAUUAGGAGACCAGUUGUAGCAAGUUAGUCCACUUGCCUGAUCUAUACUUUUUCUGCAUUAGUAGAAAU